AGCAUCAUGGCUGCCGCGCUGACCUCCGAAGAAACAACACUACUUUCUUACCUUUCUCACUUCUCGAACGUCCUUGUAAAGGAUGUGAGUCUACAAAAAGGAAAAGGUCUCUUUGCCAAGAAGGAUUUCAGAGAAGGAGAGCUCAUUUUUGAAGAAAAGCCGUUGAUUUGUGGCCAGUUUUUGUGGAAUUCUCUCUACAAGUACACAGCUUGUUCUCAUUGUUUGAGGUCUUUGGAAACAGCUGAGCAGAUGGCGCGUAGGUUAUCGGGAAAUGACAGCUUGGAACUUCCUUAUGCAUCCAAGUGCUGUGAAAUUACACGUAUGGGACUUAAAAUUAUUAGCUGCCAUAACUGUCAGGUUAAAUAUUGCAGUGAAGAGUGUAGACAGCGUGCAUGGGAUCACUACCACAGGACUCUUUGUUUGGGACAAAAUGAAGGAGAUCCCAGCCAUCCUCUAGAACAGCUACAAGAAUCCUGGAGAAAAAUGCACUAUCCCCCAGAAACUGCAAGUGUGAUGCUUAUUGCACAAAUGAUUGCAACAGUAUUGCAAGCACCAGAUCCCAAGAAGAUGCAGGAUGUAUUUGAAUCUUUUUGCCACUCUGUGGUGAAUAGAGGGCAACAAAUUGUUCACAAAUUACUAGGAGAUCAGUUUAAGGAGCAGUUAGACAUCCUACGAGUACAAAUGUCCAAUGCUCUGUAUGAUGAGAAAUUAGAGGAGUGGUUUAAAAUGGAGGGUUUCCUGUCACUGAUGGCUCUUGUGGGAAUCAACGGGCAAGGAAUUGGAACAAGCUCCUUGAGUGUUUAUGUUCACAAUCUUGAAAACCUUGGAGAUAUAACUGAAGAUGAACGGCAAGCCCUGGAUAUUUUUAUCGAUCAACUUUAUGAAGAAAUGUAUAAUGUUUCUGGGCAGUUUCUCAACUGUGAAGGUUCUGGUUUGUAUGCACUGCAAAGUUCAUGUAAUCCAAGUUGUGAGCCUAACGCUGAAGUCACUUUCCCCCACAAUAACUCAACAUUGGUAUUAAAGGCUCUCCAUGAUAUUAAAGAGGGCGAGGAAAUAGUCAUUUGUUAUCUGAACUGUUGUGAUCGAGAACGAAGCCGACACUCAAGACAGCGUUUACUAAGGGAAAAUUACCUGUUCAACUGUACUUGCCCUAAAUGUGAAUCACAAUCAGGUGACCCGGAUGUGACAUCAAGUGAAGACGACGAUGAUUCUAUGGAACAAGACUCUUGACAUUGACCUUGGCUUUUUCUUUUCAUCACGGGAAACAGAGAGUUUGUCAAGUAUACUGCCAAUGUUGUAUUUCACCUGGAGAUGCCCUAUCUCGAGUAUUACUCUCUGGGUUUAUGUUGCAGAAAGUGGAGCUACGCUAUUGGUGGGAAUAUGGUGAUGAGAAAACAAGAAUAAAUAAGUUGAAUGAU